AUGGCACAUGGUCCAUACGCUUACAGUCUGUACAAAAAGGCGCUUGAAGCUGGAAUUGAAGAUGACUCUUCAAUAAGAGUAAAUGUUGUGGGAAACUUUGGUCAGGGAAAAACUUGUCUAGUAAGAAGAUUAAUUAGAUCAGGUAUUGAUGGUACGAAAAGUACAAAUGGUAUAGACAUUGUUCAUUAUAAAUGCAAACAGGAUGCAUCUGGAAAUAUAACGUACGAAGAGAGCCCCGAUUUCGAUCCAUCAGAUAUUGCAAGAAGAGUUAAAACAGUGUCAUUUGAAGGUAGGACGGAAAAGAAAUAUCACAAAGCGAUAUUACGGCGCUUUAGGCAAUUUUCCGUAAAAAAAAAUCGUAAGAAACGGAUUGAAAAGAUUGAAAUAGCUGAAAGUGAAUCAGGCUACAAACCAAACGAAAUGUCACAAGAAGAGAGAGAAAAGUUUGUUGACGAGGUAAUAAAACCAUACGAGCAACACAGUUCCCAUUGUAACAAUAAGGCAUUCGACAUUUGGGAUUUCGGUGGACAAUAUGUAUUUUAUGCAACUCAUACGCUGUUCCAUAGCAGAAAGGCAAUUUACCUUCUCGUCUUCAAUUUAUCCUGCGGUUUGACUGAUAUUGUGCCAAACGACUCCGAGGAAAUAUGCAGCGUUAACAUGGGAGAGCGAACAAUGGAAUACUACAUACAGUUUUGGGUAAAUUCAAUACACUCUUUUGUUGGAAACAAAGAUGGAUCAGAGCCUAAAAUAAUACUUGUGGGAACACAUUUUGACAACCUUGAAGGAGACGACAGAUCAAAAAGGCGACAGGCAAAUAGAUAUUUUGAUGACGUCAGAGCAUUGUUCCAAGGAAAGCAACAACGUAACCAUAUUGUCCCAGAUGAUUUUGCGGUCGAUAACACAAAUUUCAAAGAGAGAAAGUUUGAUAAUUUGCGAGAAACAAUACUUCGCGUUGGGCAGAAAUAUGCUAUCUCCAACAAAAUUCCUGCUAAAUGGAUACAGCUUGAAAGAUCUUUGUUUAACUACAAGCAAGACAAGAUAGUAGACAUGGCAGUAAUUAUUGAUAUUGAUUCCACCAAUGAAUACCCGUUGGGCACAACUGAACAAAUUAAACUAUUUCUGAAACACAAACAUGAUCAGGGGACACUGUUCUAUUUUGACGAGGAACCAAUAUCAAACUAUGUUGUCCUGGAUCCACAAUUUCUAGUCGAUGCCUUUAAAUGUAUAAUAACUGCAGACAGAUUUAUCAGAAAUCUGCCUGAGGUAACAGAGUCUUGGCUGAUGUUAAAAACAGAGGGAAAACUAGAAAUGCCGUUGAUAGACAAACUGUGGGGUAAUGAUGAAGAUAAACAAUUUAUGACUCAUAAGAAAACAAUACUUUGGUUUCUUCAGAAACAUCGCAUCAUAUCGGAAGCCAUGAACUUCGAUGAAACGGAGCAGAUACCUGUUGGGCUUGGUUGGUAUGUUGUUCCAAGCUUAUUGAAAGAUCACAGUCAAGUUGCAGAGAUGAAAGACUUUCAAACAGGAAAGAAACAAACACAAAUUAAGUUUGUUAUUUCAUUUGAUAAUUCGUCUAUUGUACCAACGAUUUAUCAUCGACUGACAGCAGCAGUUCUUGGAAAGUGGUCUAUACAAACAUUUAGAAAAAAGAAGCUACUUUUUGAAAAUAUGUCCGUAGUCAGACUGGAUCUUCACCAUGCAGGGAUUACUGAAAUGAAUGACAGACAUAUACAAUUAGCUGUGCUUAAUCUGUGCCCACCAUACAAUGUUAAUAAGAUGCUUCCAGAUGCAUUUAGGCGUUUUGUAGAAGCAGUCAUAGUGUAUGAAUUCCGCAAAUACCAGGGGGCUGAGAAGCACAAUGAAAUGCCAUAUAAACGUGGAUUUUCAUGUAAUCAUGAGAUUCACAAUGUUGGCUACAACCAAACAGUUGUUACAUGUAAACAACUUGAUAACCCAAUUGUGCCAUGUCCUGAGGCCGAGUCACAUAAUAUUGAUGCUGUUGUCGCUAAAGCUGAAUGGUUUCAGGGCGACGAAAUGCCAAAAUUUAUUUCGAAAGAAAUACUGUCCGAUAAAUCAUUGAGUAAACUGUCACAGGUGAUUGGUCAAAACUGGAACUUACUUGGUCCUCAACUUGGAUUAACAAAAGUACAGAUUGAUCAUAUCAUUGAAGAAAACCCACGUAGCCCAAGCAUGAAUAUAUACACAAUGCUUCUGAAAUGGCGUGAUCAAUCACCAGACAAAGCAUCACUGGACGAGCUGGUAAAUAUAUUGCAGAGAUGUACAUCUAUAACUGUUAACUGGGAUGAGAUGAGAAAUAUUGCAGAAGAACUGAAGGAACAUGAACAAUUAAAAUCAGCAAAAUGA